UCUAUUGUUUACAAUUUGGACACACGUGCAAACACGCGGUGUUUUAGUUUUAUUUACAUAUUUUUGUUUUUAUCAAGUAUUUCAAAAGAAAAUAUACAGAAUGCCACCUGUGGCCCAAGAAGGCAAUUGCCUCAUCUAUCGUGGCAGCAACUUUCUCAAACAACGCCUCGUGCUCUCCUGUUUAAGCGGCAAGCCAGUAAAAAUUACACAAAUACGCUCCGAAGACGCAACGGCGCCCGGUCUGCGGGAAUAUGAGAUAAGUCUGAUCCGACUGCUGGACAAACUGACAAAUGGCACCAAAAUCGAACUCAAUCCCGCCGGCACCAGUGUCAUGUUCAGUCCCGGCCUCUUGCACGGCGGCCACGUUGAGCACGAUUGUUGCGUGCAGCGCGGCAUCGGAUACUAUUUGGAUGCCUUGAUUGCCCUGGGCCCAUUCUGCAAGAUGCCACUGAAGUGCCAGCUGCGUGGCGUGACCAACAGCAACGAUUCCCCAUCGGUGGAUCAUGUCAAGGGCGCUGCAUUGUCGCUCCUUAAGCGUUAUCUGCUCGUCGACGAGGGUCUGGAGCUGCGUGUUGUGCGUCGCGGCGUUGCGCCUCUCGGCGGCGGCGAAAUCGUCUUCACGUGUCCCGUGCGCAAAAGUCUGCGUGCCAUUCAGCUACAGGAACCGGGCAUGGUGAAGCGCAUUCGCGGCACCGUCUAUGCCUGCAAAGUGUCGCCAGCGAUGGCGAAUCGCACUGUGGAGUCGGCCAAGGGUUGCAUGCUCAAGUUUCUGCCCGAUGUUUACAUCUAUACGGAUCAGAAUCGCGGCAAGAUGUCUGGCAAUUCACCUGGUUUUGGCAUCUGUCUGCUGGCCGAGACCACAGACGGUGUUUGCUUUGCUGCCGACUGCAUUUCCAACACCCGAGAGGAAUCCGAUACACCUUCUAUACCCGAGGAUUUGGGUCGCGAGGCUGCAAUGCGUCUGCUCGACGAAAUCUAUCGCGGUGGCUGCUGUGAUUCCGCUUAUCAAUGGCUUGCUGCUCUUUUCAUGGCUCUGGGACAGAAGCAUGUCUCCAAAUUUCUAACAGGUGCUCUAUCGACAUAUACGGUGCACUUUUUGCAGCAUUUGCGCGACUUUUUCUCGGUCACAUUCAAACUGGAGAAUCCAGAGAUCGAUGACGAUGAGGUUGAUGAUGUGCGUGGAGCACAAAAAGUCCUGAUGACUUGCGUGGGCAUUGGCUACACCAAUGUCAGUAAGCGAGUCUUGUAGAUUAGUUAAGAGCCUGUAUAAAUUAUGUAAAGCAAAAAUAAAUGUACAUCAUACUACCGCAUAACUAUUCAAUUCUUUUC